GGCACGGGGCGCGGGGUCAGGACGGGACCGGGAGCGGGAGCGGGACCGGGAGCGGGCACAACAUGGGCGGGUGGCGGGAUAUGUCCGCUGAGGCGCUGGAGGACCAGUACUCCCCCAGCCGCUGGUCCCCCCGCCUCGACCGGGACACCAUCAUCGACGCCCACCUCGCGGUGACAGCAGCAGGAACCGAGCGGGCCCGGGCCAGCGCCCAGACUUCGUUGCACGUCCCCUACGGCAAAGGGGACGGGGAGAAGCUGGACAUCUAUUUCCCCACGGACCAUGCUGGGACCUUCCCGGUGCUGGUCUACAUCCAUGGCGGAUACUGGCAGUGCCUGAGUAAGGACGAGUCGGGGUUUGCAGCCCCCUCGCUGGUGUCGCAGGGGGUGGCGGUGGUGGCGGUGGGGUACGACACAGCCCCCAAAGGUCACAUGGACACCAUGGUUCUGCAGGUGCGCCGGUGCAUUGCCUUCCUGGUGGAGCAGUACCCUGGGAUCAGAGGCAUUUACCUGUGUGGGCACUCGGCAGGGGCCCACCUGGCAGCCAUGGUGCUGUUGACGGACUGGACGGAAUUCCGCGUGGUGCCAGAUAUCAAAGUGCCUCUGCCUUCAGGAGCGGUGCUGGUGAGCGGCGUGUACGAUCUGGAGCCCAUCCUGCACACUUACGUGAACGAUGCUCUGAACAUGAGCUGGGAGGUGGCCCAGAGGAAUAGUCCCAUGCGACACGUUGCCCCAGCGGUGCCAGGGGCCUGUGAGGUGCUUGUGGUUGUGGCCCAGCACGACUCCCCGGAGUUUCGCAGGCAGUCGAAGGAGUACAGCCAGGCCCUGCGCGCAGCCGGCUGGUCCGUCUCCCUGCUGGAUCUGGCUGGUAGGGAUCACUUUGAUGUCAUUGAGAAGCUGUCAGAGAACAGCUACAUUCUCACUCAGGUCAUUCUGAACAUGAUUUCAAGAGCAUAAUGGCAUGUUGAGAGCAAACAGACAGGGACCGUGGCCCUGCGUAGCGGCACCAGGCAGCCAGUGUCCCCCUGCCCACGGCCUCCUUGCUCCAGCACAGGGUGGCCACUGCCUCAGACCCCACCGGCCCCUUCUGCUCUGCCCAGCCUAGGCUGGUGCCCCUUCCCUGGGGUGUUCCUGCCUGCCGGAGCAUGAAGGGCUGGAGGCUGCAAGGCUCCGUCUGGACAACUGGUUGAUGAAGAUCAUUCCCUCAGUGUCCUUUAAACUGCAUGCUGUGGAUACAAAAUAAACCAGGAAUUACUG